AUUAUAUUGGGAGCUUGUGAGUAUGUUCUCUUCUUUCUUCUAUUUUCUUUCUGCUCCAUAGAAAUUCCGUGUAUAUAUUUUUGUUUUUAGAUCUUCGAAACGUCCACGCAGAGUGAACCAAAAUUAGCUAUCAUGCCUUCCGCCGACUUCAUCAAUAUUACCGCGAAACCAGUAUUGGAAAAUGAGAAUGAAAUAGCUCGUACAAGAUGUACCAAGCCGUUAGUGACCAGUGGUGUAUUGGAUCAAUUUGGACACUCAGACUUGACACCGGUAAUUGGAACAGUAUUCGACGAAAAGGUUCAAUUGAAAGAUUUCCUAUCGCCGAGUACCUCAGAGGAAUUAUUUAAGGAUUUGGCGUUGACAAUCUCCGAUCGUGGUGUAGUCUUUUUCAGAAAUCAAGACAUCAAUGCUGAGCAAAUGAAAGCUGUUAUUGAACGUAUCUCCAAAGCAGCUGGAUCUCCUGAAUCCUCUACACUUCACAUCCACCCCCUCACCGAACAAUCCUCCGAACUAGGCGAUCAAGUCUCCGUGAUCUCUUCCACAAAGCAAGCCAAAGGCGGUGGAUUAACUCACCAACUGUCCGACGUAUCUCGAUUUGCCAGCACUGGCUGGCAUGCCGAUAUCACAUUUGAACGAGUUCCUUCCGAUUAUGCCAUGUUGAAAAUCCAUACCCUUCCCGAAACAGGUGGCGAUACUUUAUGGGCAUCUGGAAACGAAAUUUAUGAAAGACUGAGUCCAAGGAUGAAGGAAAUGUUGGAAGGGUUAACAGCGACUCAUGAUGCGAGCUUUUUCCAUGAUGAAGCAAGGAGACUCGGACAGGAUAUUAGAGAAGAUAUGAGAGGGAGUCCAUUAAAUAUUGGAAAAGAGUUGAGUGCUGUUCAUCCGGUGGUUAGGACAAAUCCUGUAACCGGCAAGAAAUCCCUUUUCAUAAACCAAGGCUUCACACGACGACUCCAUCCUCUCACAAAAGAUGAAUCGGAUCUCUUACUUCCAUGGCUGAAGAAUUUGGUGCCUUUGAAUCACGAUGCGCAAGUCAGAUGGAAGUGGAGUAAGAAUGAUGUAGCGAUUUGGGAUAAUAGGAGUAAUUGGCAUUGUGCUACUUAUGAUUAUGCGGAAGCGAGAGCAGGCGAUAGAGUUUGUAGUUUGGGGGAGAAGCCUUAUUUGUGAAAAGCUUGGUAUAGAAAAGGAUGUUGGGAAAUAGAAUGGGAAUAAUCGAGGUCGAGGUAUAGAAAUGGGUAGAUUGGUCUAAGAUUGGAGGUAUUCGAGUGUUGGUCGUUAUUGGCUCUUCUCAAUCGUGGGUCAAGAGUUUGAAUCGCCUAAUUGGUAUGAUGCGUUCGGCUAUACCAGCGAGAAAGAUAGAAUACUCUAUAAACUACAUGUUAGCUCCCGAUUAUUUUCUCUUCAAACCACAACUACAUAUAUCGCCCCUGCGCACAAGGACCU